UGUUCAUUUCAGGCUCAUUCGGUUCCCAUUCAAAGUACAGAUCACAUGUGAAACCAAAAAUUUUUUUUUCUGAAAAAUAGAAAAAACCUUCACAAAUUUCGGUUCAAGAUAGAUUGAAGAAUAAAAAAAAUAAAUUAUUGAAUUUUUUAUUUUGAAAUUACAGCAGUGAACUUUUAUAUUCAGGAUUCAAAUCAUGCAGCGUUCAUCGAUAAGGCUCGUUGGUGGCUUGUACGCGCGGACAGAUGCAUCACGAAUGCUGAUCAAACGACACAUUGCAUUUACCUCGAAGAAGGGAUUCUCUAAGAGCAGUGGAACAAAUAAAACCACAAUGGGAUCGGGACAAAAUGUUGGUGGCACGCCCAAUCGCACGGAGACCAGCACUGUGGAGGCCUUCAAGAGGGACAUGGCGAAGCCGAAGCGCUUAGUGCGCGAGGACAACAUGUGGAGCGAUCCACAGCGCAUGGAUACCAGAUGGCUGCGUCCGCGAGAUCCCCGACGCUAUAAGCCCGACUUUGGCCAGACCGAGCCGCACUCGUUGCGUGAACAGUUUAUGCGGAGUCCGGACGAGCGCACACGCAACGCGAUGGGACGCGACUGGGAGGUGGCGAUGCGGGUUGCGGCCACCAGGAGGCGUCAGGCAGCCAAUAUCAAGCCAGAUCAGGAUAUGGUUUACAUGAGGUCUAAACAGGAACUGGGUCCCCCGCAGGAGUAAGCAAAUGAGUAUGUGGAUGCGUACGAAAACAUCUAUUGGACCUGAAAUUGCAUAGAAUGCCGUCCAUAUGUUUCGAUCUACCGCUUCCCCCCCUAUCAUAUGCCUCGGACAAAGCCCCAUCAGCACGUGUAAUCAUAAUUGGUUAAUAACGGUUGGGUCGAUGAAACCGUGAAUGACCUCAACAAAUUUAGACUUAAGCAUGCUAUCUCAUAGCACCCAAACACACACCUCAAAACUGCCAUUAGAUACAAGAAUCUAUUAAUUCAUAGUGCACAGUCGUGCAUCUAAAAUCCGGCCAGUCCAAUCGAUGAAUCGAAUCACGUUUAGCAAAAAUUGUUUCAGAGCCAAGAAUUUGAACGGAACGCCUAUGUAAUGCGGACGAAAAGUGGUGAAAGCCCAGAAUGUAGAUAGGUAGUAAGUUUUUUUUUAUUUGGAUUCCAACAUGUUAAGCUGUAGCGAUGAUCAGCUCCCCAAAACAACUUUGAUUUGGUAUAUAACUUUGCGUGCCACAGCAAGUGGCAUUCAAUCAAAUUAGAUAAGUCUCAACUAUUAUUAUUAAGCGAAUAAUUAUGCACAAUUGUUCAUUAGAUCCGAAUAAUACUACUACAUUCCUUUAAGCAUCGAAUAAGUAGAUCGAAAUCAACAUAAGUAUGUGAAAUACACAAAUUUGUUAAUAAAUUUAAACUAAUUUUAUAACCUAA